GAAAUGAAGAAGAAAGUGAAGAAGAAUACUAUUCAGAAUCUGAAGAAGAAAAAACUGAAGAAUCCGAUAAUGAAGAAGUUAUAACUACAAAUAACCUUCAUAAAACCAUUCAGAAGAAAUUUGAAGAAGAAGUAUUCCCACAAGCGGAAUUAAGCAAUAGAAAAGAUGAUAAUCAACUAGAAGAAAUGUUAAAAAUGAAAGAAAAAGUAACAGAUGUAACCCAUAGAAAAGCUCAUAAAUCACGAAGAGAAUAUAUAUUUAAUUUUCUAAAUGAAAUAUCAAAUAAAAAUAAUGCAUCUAUAUUUGCAUUAAGAGAAGCUAUUAACGAUAUGCUCAAAGAAUAUAAGAGAAAUACUAAUCUAGCAAUCACCAUUACAAGAGCAAAUAAUGCACAAAAUGAAGAAGCUAGAAAAGCAAUACAAAAUAAAUACAGAGACUUACUUGCAACACAAUUAGAAACAAAAGGCCAAAUGAUAAUUGAAGAAAAUAUUGAAACACAAUUAUCAAAAAAUCAAUCACAAAUACAAACUAAACUACCACCUCCAAGAUUAGAAUUAUCUAAAACAGGAUAUCAAGAAGAACAUCAAUAUCCUGGAUCCCCAAGAUCACCACCAAAAUCACCAAUAGAAUUUGAUAAAUCAUCAAUUAAUAGAUCCUCAAAACAACAUACUCAUAGCUCCAAAACACUAUCAAGCUUGAGAAACUCUGUAGAUCUUACAAAUACUCCUGAUAUAGUAUUACCAACACCAACACCAAUUCAAAAUAACCAGCAAACAAGAAAUCUAAAACAACCUAUAGAUAGAAAUAAUACUUUAUUACCAGCAUCAUGGUAUAAAAAUCAAAAAAUAAAUAAUCAAGAACAAGAAGUUUACAAUAAAGAAAAUCAACAAAUACCAAUAAUAUAUAAUUACUCAAUAACACCAAACUUAUUACCUUCACGAUUUCCUAGACCCUCUGCUUAUACAAAAUUUAAAGAAUCAAUAAAAAAUGAAAUACAACAAAGAAAUGAAGGAAUAAGAGCACUAACCGAUGAAAGUGAUGAUGAAAGUCUAACUAAAGAACAACAAGAAUUUCUAAAAGAAAUGGAUAAAGAAAUACAAGAACAUAUAAAAAAUAAUAAUCUCCAUAUACAAUUAAACCAUAUACACCCUAUUAAAAGAAAGAAAAUAAUACCUAUAGUAUUAGUAGAUGCAAAAAAAGAUGAUCAGAUAUACAGUGCACAAAAUAUUGUAUUACCAAA